AUGGUUUUUUUGGUCGAGGACUCUAACACAGGAAGUGAGGUUGUGGGAAUAUCACUCCUCGUACAAGAGGACCGCGAGAUAUUUAAGUGGCUUAUUGAUGCGUUCAAAUUGAGUCACGAUAACCACUCACAAAUCAAGUGCUUUAUGGCCGAUAAGGAUUUACUAGAAAGAGACGUUUUGAGAGAAGUUUUCCCAAAUGUACCUAUUUACAUCUGUCGUUAUCACGUCCUGAAAACAUUUUCGCGACAAAUUCCUACUCGAAGAGGAGAAACACAAAUGAAAGAAAUUUGUCUAAAAUUAUUACAAGAUAUGGUUUAUAGUGGCUCAAUGGAGGAGUACACCAAAAUUUAUAAACUAUUAUGUGAAGUCGCAAAUAGAGAAAUUUUAGAAUAUUUCAACAAAAACUGGCACAACAUAUUUCAUGAGUGGACCGCGUUUAGUAUGCGGGACCAAAACUUAGGCAACUUCACUAACAACAGGUUAGAGUCAAUCAACAAGCACUUAAAAGCCGUGAUCCCCAAAAGAAGUUCACAGCUCCAAUUCUUAGGAUCAUUUUUCGUUUGGCUGCAGUUCCAUAACAAUGAAUCGGAUUAUAAAACGUCCAAUGCAUUUUUGAAGCAGCCAGUAGAUGCGACCAACUUACUUUUAGAUGAAAAAAAAUUUAUGGCCAUCUUAAUGCCAAUACCAUUCAAGAAAGUGAAAGAUGAAAUUGCAGCCUCUACGGACAGAAUUUUAGCUGUGAAAUAUUGCAUCCGAAAGAAGCAAUUUUCAGUAAAAGAAGCUGAAGAAACUUUCAAAGCUACGCCAACAGAUUGCGAAUGUAGUUUUCUUUCUUCUAUGGCCUCACUGCCUUGUAAGCAUAUUUUCGCUGUAAGAAAGUUUCUUAAAAUGCCACUAUUUGCUCCGGAGUUGUGUCCACAACGGUGGACCAAGGAAUCAAUGCUUGAAACGCACCCACGCCUCAGAGACAGUGGUAUUACCAAAAGUAGUACUAAAACGACACCUUUAUUAAGGCGUACGUCAAAGGAAGACAAACGCAGAAAGCUUAACGUUAAUGGAAAACGAAAAAUUAUGAAACCGAUUCUCGACGAUAUACUCGUAUCUUGCAGCGAGUCAUGUUCUUCCGACUUCGACAAGAAAAAACACCAACUUAUUUUAAUUCAAAAUGCAUGGAGACAAGGGCUGGACCUCGAAGUUAAAGUAAAAAAAGAUGGCAAAACGCAACAAGAUUCGCAAAUUGAAGAGCACUCAUUGCCUAGUUCAUUUAUUGAAAGCGUUUUGGAUAUAUCGCAAUUGUCGCUCGAUUCGGACAAAACUGCAUCGUAA